AUGGCUGGUAAUAGAUCUAAUAAUGAUAACGGAAUAACCAAAGAAAGUGAAGUUUUUAUUGAUGAUACAGUUACAAUUAGCCAAUAUACACAGGAUAAAGCUAAUAGAUCACGCCUUGCUGUAGAAAGUUUUUAUGCUCAGGCUCUCCUUCAAUGCGCUGAAAGAGAGAAUAGAAAAAUUGAGAAUGAACAAAAAAUGAUAAAAAUGGGAUUAUCAGAAGAAGAAAAAGAGAUACGUCGCAGAAAUCAAGCUGAUAAGGAAAGUAAUUUUUUAAGAUUACGUAGAACAAGAUUAACUGUUAGUGAUUUUCAAAGUCUUAAAGUAAUUGGACGUGGUGCAUUUGGAGAAGUACGAUUGGUACAAAAAAUUGAUACAGGACAUAUUUAUGCAAUGAAAAUACUUAAAAAAUUAGAUAUGCUUGAAAAAGAACAAACAGCUCAUGUAAGAGCUGAAAGAGAUAUCUUAUCAAUGGCUGAUUGUGAAUGGGUCGUAACAAUGUAUUAUUCAUUUCAAGAUCGUAUUAAUUUAUAUUUAGUAAUGGAAUUUUUGCCUGGUGGUGAUAUGAUGACAUUACUUAUUAAAAGGGAAAUAUUAAGUGAAGAGGAGACAAGAUUUUAUAUAGCAGAAACAUCAUUAGCAAUACAAGCUAUACAUAAUAUGAAUUUUAUACAUAGAGAUGUUAAACCAGAUAAUUUACUUUUAGAUGCUCGUGGUCAUAUAAAAUUAUCUGAUUUUGGUUUAUGUACAGGUCUUAAAAAUAUUCAUCGUACAGAACAUUAUAAAAAUUGGCCAUCACGAUUGCCUAAAGAUUUUGUCUCAAAACCAUUUGAAUCAAAAAGAAAAGCAGAAACAUGGAAAAAAAAUAGGAGAGCAUAUGCUUAUUCAACUGUUGGUACACCUGAUUAUAUAGCUCCAGAAGUUUUCUCUUCAACAGGAUAUACAAAAACAUGUGAUUGGUGGUCUUUAGGUGUUAUUAUGUAUGAAAUGUUAAUUGGAUAUCCACCAUUUUGUUCAGAAACUCCUCAAGAAACUUAUAGAAAAGUUGUUAAUUUUCAACAAGCAUUAACAUUUCCACCAGAAAUACCUAUAUCAUCACAUGCUAGAACAACAAUAAAAAAAUUAUUGUGUGAAUGUUCACGUAGACUUGGUAGUGAAAGAGGUAUUGAUGACAUAAAAACACUUCCAUUUUUCAAUGGAAUUGAUUGGGAACAUAUUCGUAAUACUCCUGCUCCUAUAAGAGUAGAAGUUCGUGGUAUAGCUGAUACAUCAAAUUUUGAUGACUUUCCUGAUGUUGAUAUAUCAUUUCCUGAAUGUCAAGAAGAGAGUGAUAUUCAAGCUUUGGCUCCACCUGAUAAAGGUGAAUUUUUACACUAUACUUUUCAAAGAUUUCAAAAUUUAACAUAUAAAAACAAUGAAACAGAUAUUAGACCAACUGUUGAAGAUGUAUUGUCAUCAUCACAUAAUGGUAAUAAAUAA